AUGGUAGUUGUAUUUCGAAAGAUAUGGUUCAGAAGGAAUGAUUUUGUGUUUGAAAAAAGACUUUCAUAUCCAACAAGAGUACUUAAAACAGCAAAAGAAGGUCUUGAGGAGUUUCAGCAUUCUCAAAGAAUUCAGAAUAAGGAAGACCAUACACCAACUACUAGCAUAGACAAGAAGACAUGGGAAAAACAAACAAGUGGUUUUGUAAAGGUGAAUUGGGAUGCUUCAUUGGAUCUAAGGAAGAAAAGAAUGGGAGUGAGAAUCAUGAUCAGAGAUGAAGAGGGGGAGGCUCUAGUGGCUGUAUGUGAUCAAAGGCAAUAUAUGGAGAAUCCAGCAGUAGCAGAAGGUUAUGCACUUUGGAAGGCUUUGGAGCUAUGUAAUGACCUUAAUAUUCAGAAGGCCAUUUUUGAAAGUGAUGCAAAGGCUGUUAUACUGGCAGUCUUAAGUAAUGAGGAAGAUUUAUCACAUGGUGGUUCUUUAGUUGAAGAUAUACGAUCUGUUCUAGCAAAUAGAUCAGAUUGGUCUAUACAAUUUGCUUAUAGGGAAAAGAAUAAUGUGGCUCUUAGUUUAGCAAAGGAAGUUUUAAGAUUAGAAGAAAAAAAAGUUUGGACAGAGGAAGUCCAAAUUUGUAUUGCAGCUUGUCUGGGCAAAGAUAAACAUUGUAUUGGUUGA